CAAGUAACCAAAGACAUUUAGCUGUUGGAACAAACACGACCUCAAUUAUAAAGAUGCGACCAUUUCGGAGGAUUGUGUCGUUCUUGGUUGAACUGACUGGUCAACGUGUCGAACUCUCCAUUUACCAGAACUACCAAAGAACUUCAGUGUUUAUUGUGGAUCGUCUUCAAAGAAAUGGGCCAGUUAAAUGUUGGAGUGGCGAAUGA